GAGCGGCAGCUGGCGGGGCGGAGCAGCGGCUGCCAUGAGCUCAGCCGGGGACCGGCGGCGAGGUGCCGCGGAGGUGAUGCUGCGGCCGGAGGAGCUGCCGGAGCCCCGGGCGGGGGCGGUGGCUGCGGCUGAGGAGAGCGGUGCUUGGCGGCUCGCCCCCUGCCUGAGCCCGCCGCUCGGCGAGGAGGUGAAGGACAUGGAAGAGACGAUCGAAGAGCUGUUGAGGAGGCUGGACGAGUUCUGCGGGAUAACGGACGCGAUUAGAAGUGAUACAUCAGAGAUCCUGGAUGAGACCAUUCCACUUAUUAAAGACAAGGUGAUGGAAAUGAAUCACAUCUAUGCCAAAGUUGAUAAAUUAGAGGCAUUUGUUAAAAUGGUUGCACAUCAUGUUUCCUUCCUAGAAGAGCAAGUGCUUGAAGCAGAGAAGAGCCAUUGCACCUUUCUUAAUACUGUUUGCAAAUUAUUUCAGUGUGCAACUAUCUCGUCAUUUAAAAACAGACAUCCUCUAUCAGCAGCACGCCCCUUUGACCUGCCAAAACUCUACCGAACUGAAGACUUUUUUCCUAUGAACUAUGUAGGUACCAAGUAUCAAAAUGAUUAAUUUUUGACUACCAAAAGGUUUUUAGGAAAGGCUGUCCAGGUGUAUUCUUACGGUUCGUACUUUAUGACAUUAGGAAGAAGCAACUGUUACAUUUCAGAUCUUUGGCUAGCAUCUCUAAGGGAAGCUAAAAAUUUCUGAUCAUAUUGUAGAUCACAUUUAUGCUAAGAUUUGAGCACAGUAGUUUGCCCUUACUUGAUAAGCUUCCUAAAUCAAUGAAGAAAAUGUAUAAAAACUCACUUUGUUUACCUUCACAUUUUUAUACUUAAAAUGAUCAGAAGGUUGAAGAGUGCUGCAGUAUAGCAUGUUAAAACUGUCAAGUAAUGUGCUAAUACUGCCAGCUUCACAAAUGUACAAAUGUUCAGAUUUUACAAGAGAAUGUGAAGUCAAUGUCAAAAUCUUAAAAUUCAAUAAACUGCACAUGGCUGAAGCUUCCAGCACUCUAUUUCAAACUAGGAAUAGGGGUUUACAAGCUGUUGUGUAAUAUAACUUGAAUGGUACAAAUAAACUUUCUGCAAAGCUGUUACGGACCUUUGGAUGUGCCAUUUUGUAACGCAGAUGCUAUUUAGCCAGGACCAGGAGUAGCAUAGUUCAUCUGUGCUCCUGUACCUUUUUUUAUUUUUUUUUACUUCAAAAUAGGUCUAGGGAAACAAAAACCACUCAAUUCUCUGAAUAAGGAACAUUUGGAAGAGAAGGUUAUAUACUUUUCAGAUGAUUGGCUUUGCAUAGAGUACAAUAUGGAGAAAUAGAAAUAAAUGGUCUUGUUUUAAAAAUACCUGUGAAAAAACUCAAGAUGGAGGACCCAAUGCAAAUUCUGUAAACGGAAAAAAAAAAAAGCUUACGGUGAAAGUAAAGCUACAUGGCUUGAGUAACCAUGGAGACCAAUGCUUUUCUGAUGCAGAAAUAAAUGAACUCAACCUUUUCAUAUUUAUUAGUGGGACUGAUGAUGAAAGAUAAAGUUGAAUUAAAAUAUAAAGCAAUAGAAGACAGACCUAGUCAAUGUCUCUGCCCCUGCAAUGCAGGUUAUUGUAAUGGAUUAUUACAAAUAAGCUGGUAUUACAGAGAAGCAAAUUAGUUAUGAAAGUAACAAAAUACUCUUAGUUAUACUAACCUGUUUCUCCAAAUAUCAGCUUCUUUAUUAACAGAAAUGAACAGACAGUACACACAACAUAUUCCUGAAAUCUUUUGGUUCUGAUAAAAAUUGAAAUAAACUUGUUUUAAUACCAUAGCAGUGUAUGAUAUAUAUGUACUACUGUAAACUGUUCACUGUAACUGUAUUAGUGGAUAUUUGAAACCUACUAAUUUCUUGGUGGUAAGAAUGAUAGAAUUUUCCUAUAAAAAUACUGGGUGAAUAUUCGGGUUUCUGUCCUGAAAAUACGUGUCAAAGGAUCAAAUAUUAAUUGGCAGGUUCUUGCUACAGAAAUGUUACUGCUGAACAGAGGAUGGCAGCAUUAAAUGUCACUUGAACUUUCAGUAAGAUUAAGAGCUUGUGAAAUAAAACUUCAAUGCAGAUAUUUCUGCAACAUCGUGGAAAAGGUUGAUUUAGUAGCAAUCCCACCGUAGAUAAGGGUUAAGUCACAGUACCCAAAGGAAAAUGCUGAGAUGAAGUGUGCCUUCAGUAUAUGAUGCACUGGAUAGGAAACUGGGAGUUUAGUAAAAGCUGUCUGUCUGUCCCCGUUUAGUUUGAAGGAAAGCUUAUUGGCUGUAACUAUGCUUCAAGGACUGAGGGGGAAGGGUUGGAAGGAGAGGAGCAUACUAAAAGAACAAGUAGAAGUGUACUUGUUGAACCACUGCAUCUCAACUGCAGGUCAGUGCAAUGAACAAUGCUUCAGAAUAACAGUUAUUACAAGCCCAUAUGAACACCCAUGGAAAUAAAGCAUCUUAUAAAAUGCAA